CCGCCAGACAGUCAGGUACUACAAGUUGUGUGUCUUUCCUUGACGUCAGCCAGCCGCCCUGCAGAACACACAUCAACAUACAACAGCAUAUACACACAUCAGGUCGUCUGCGUCAUGUGUGUGGCCCUCACCUUGUGUCUAUGGUGCCUGCCCGUCGAGGGCGAUGGGGGAGAUGGGGCCGAGGACCCGGCGGGCCUUGGAGGCCGUCCGUGGGAAUCGUUGGGCGAAGGGCGCGUCAUUGGCCACACCUGCCGCUGGCGCCUCGGUGGUACGGAUGAUGAUGUGCACUGCACGCAGCCAUGAGCACAAAAUCAGACACCACGACGGCAUGGAAGUGUUGUCGAUGUGCUCUUACUUAACGUGUAUGCGUACCGUUCUGGUUGUCGUUGAGGCCUGGAGGGAAGCCGAAGGCAAUGUAUGCGAUGAAGGGGUUAUCGGACGACGUCAGCAUAGGCAUCUGCACACAGUCACCACUGGACUUCUCGUAUCUCAGGACAUCCGAGCAUCCGUCAAGGAGCGUGUGAGGCGAUCGGGUCAGCAUACGAUUCAGAUGACCGCCACGCACACUCCUGACGAACACACACAUCCAUGUUUGGCGCAGACCACCAGCGACCUGCCACCUUCAUCCAUCCACUUACCGGUCAACGUGCACUAUUGGCGACUGGGACAUGCCGCCCACAGCCGUCCUCCGAUGAGUCAGCAACAGGGUCCUCAACAUGGAACUCGCCGAUGCAGAAACGCCCCCGUUGUUGGCAGCAACCGGCACCCAGCCCACACUAGGCUGCCAUGUAAUGCGGCAGCGGACGGGCGGGUCGUGUGGCUUGGCGUGUUGCAGGAAGGGCUGCUGUGAGAAGGGAUGGACGGGGCGGUUGGGCCGGGGGAGGGGCGGGUUGAGGGUGAUAGCGAAGCCGGGCUCGUUGCGGAUGAGGCGUAGCUCGUUGUCAUUGUGGCGGAACAGCUCGAGUGUGCCGUCAUGCUGGCCGUUGGAGCGGCGAAAGGCCAUACGGCGGCCGACGAGCAUCCACUGGGCACAGAAACGGGGCAGUGACGAGUAGUCCUGCACCCAACACACAGAGAGAGAGCGCCAUCCACUCAUUGCCCGAUUGCCUCUUCUCGUGUGUGUCGUGCUUACCGUUUUGGUGGCGUGUGUCUGCAGAUCUCCGGCGUCCACAGUGAUGGGCAGCUGGCAAUAGCCGCAGUGCUCGGAAAGUCUGAGUGUGUCGGCCACCUCCCGCCAGCCGCCCUCGCCCCCCUCCUCCACCACCCACAUGGCCUUCAUCACAUCGCCGUGGCUCAGCUGAUCGUCGAACUGCACCACACCGCCCACCCCCGCCAGCUCGAUGGCCUUCGGCAGCCGAAUACGGCGGAUGAUGGGCCGCAGGGCGUUCUGAUAGGGCGGGCUGUCGACUUGAGUCGGGCGACGGUGAUGAGGGCAGAAAAUGCGAGGAUGGUGCUCAUCGGCUCGGCGGGAAUGUCAGUCACGUGCAAUCGCCGAGCCUGACGACACACAGAAAGACACACAUCGAGAUCUGUGUGUGUGUGUGUGUGGUCUCUCUCUCACCUGUGUGUGGGUGUGUGUUGUGAGUGCGAUGGUCGAGUCGAUGCUGUCCGCCAGCUGGGCCAGACGGGCCGAUUCGUUGGCGAGUUGACGACUGACAUUGGCCACCAUCUGACGAAUCAAGCACACGAGAGCAUCAUGACACAGAGGCCUUUGUGCUGUGUGUGGUAGUCUGUCCGCACCAGUGGUGUGAUCGCAGCGGUGUCCAUCUGAGUGAGUCGGCCGAUGCCAUUGUUGACCUGCGCACCACAGCACACACAAACAGCACAAAGCAGUCAGCCGAUGAGCGACGGAUGCACUGAAUGACUGAAUGAGUGACUGAGUGAGUGAAUGUUUUGGUUACCUACCCGCGCCUGAUUGGUCUGAUAGGCUUGAAUCUGUGCCAGCAGCUGCUGCCGCAUCGCCGCCGUUGACGUCUGCAGCAGACGUCACAUGGCAAACAAUCACAUUGUCAAUCAGAUAUAGCCCCAUGCCAUCGUUCACGUGCUUUGGUUGGCUCCUCUUCUCUCACCUGAGCAGCGCUGGCAGCCAUCGUGCAGCCAAACCACCAAAAAAGCUAUGAAUCGAAAUGUCGUUUCGGGGCUUCAACAGGCUCCAGGCUUUGCACGCCUCACCUCGUCACCGCCAUGCCUCCCUUCGCUCGCUCGCG